CUUUCACCCUUCCUCCCUAUGCGUCUCUGCCGGUGACCUCAAUCGCCUCUCGUGAGGACCGGAGGACGGCCACUUUUGCAUCGGCGCCAUGACCAUGUCCCAGUACGCCGCGGAGCUCUGCGCGCUCCUUAUCGAGGACCAAUUUGGAGAUCUCUUCGCGCGCAUCUUCACCACUCUUCAACGCUAUGAACGGCUGCCGCUGCCCCGUCUGAAAUUUUACUCUCGCUUGACCGAACGUCAGCUACAUCAUGGACUGGCUGCUAUGAUUCAACACCACCUCGUUUUCCACUUUACCUCCCUCGAAGAUGGCAAUACCUACUAUGCCGCGAACCCCCAGGCUGCCUACUACCUCAUCCGCUCUGGCAAAAUCAUUCACUUGGUUGAGAGCCGACUCGGCGAAUAUGCGGCCCGGGUUAUGGAAACCAUUUUGUACUUGGGACAUGUACCCAUUAAACACCUCGAGACACUGCCCGACCUACGAUACCUAGCACCGCCCGCGGCUGCAAAUGGAGUGGUGAAAGAAGAAGAGCCGGGGGAAGAGCAAGAACCUCAAGAGCUUGAUAUGGAAGCAGGGAAAGAGACCAAUGGUGCCAAUGGGGACCAUGCCGAGGAGGUUCUGCAAAAACCAGCACCUCUCCAUUCCACCCUAAAAGCACUUGCGUCGCACGGCUAUAUAAUCCGUGUGAAAGAUGCGCAUUUCCAGAGUCCCGAAGACAACUACAUCGAGGCUCACAAGGCUGCUUCAAACCGGUCUGACAUUAAGAUGCUCAAGGGAAAGAGGCUGACGGAGGAAUUGCUACAAAAGACUGAGGAGAUUCUUCGGGAACGCACAGAUGGUGACCUUUCAGAAGGAUUGAUGGUCAACGGCUUGCCUCGCGGUGUGAAGAGGAAGAUUGCCAAUGGCGUCCCCGAGUCGGCCAGCAAGUGGCGCCAAACGGACCACAAUGGAACCAACGGGAACCAUGCAGACGACGAUGAAGAGAAUGACUGGUCCGAGGACGAAGACGGACUUGACAAUAUCCCGAUGGAGCCCAGUCUGGUCCUUCGAGUAAACUACGAAAAACUAGAUGUGGCCCUACGAAACGCCCGCUUCGUCGACAUGGCCCGGGACGACGCUGCCCCCGCUACAGCAGAAGUCUACGAAACCCUCCUCCGCCGUAUCGAAUAUGUCACCAAACGCUGCCGCGACACAACCGAGAUUCCCCGCGAAGGCGAGGAAGGUGAACAAUUCUCCAUCCCAAUCGAGACAUACAAAAUCGUCAGCGACGUCGAUCCCCACCUAGAUCUAUCAGGCUGCAUGGGACCUUUAAACCCGGCCUCAGCAUCCGUAAACCGGCGCGGCAAGCGACCUCUCGAAAACGGAGUCAACGGUGACAACCACUACGAUGACAACGAGGAAGAGGACAACGCAGACGACGACGACGACGUCAGCCGCGCCUACGAAAUCAACCAACACCUCCAACUCCUCGAACAAGCCCCACACAACCUCGCCUCGCACGUCCGCCUCUCAGACGGGAUCAAAUGGCGCGUCGGGUUCCGCGGUCUAGCCCGUAAACUACGACACCUGGAACUAGAACGGCUCGUGGAAAUGCGCUACGGCGACGUCGCCCUCCGUGUCCUCCGCGUCCUCCACGCAAAAGGCAAACUCGACGAAAAACGUCUCCAGGAAAUCUCCCUCCUCCCCUUCAAAGACCUCCGCCAGACCCUCGCAAGCAUGCAAGCAGGCGGGUUCGUCGAUCUACAAGAAGUCCCCAAAGACGCGCAGCGCCAACCCUCGAAAACGAUCUUCUUGUGGUACUUUGAUCCGGAUCGUGUGUGCAGCAGUGUCCUCGAGGAUACAUACAAGGCCAUGUCUCGAACCCUGCAACGGAUCAAAUUCGAGCGUAAUUUGCGCAGGGAUUUCCUUGAUAAGACUGAACGCAGUGAUGUCAAGGGUAAUGAGGAGCGGUGGUUGAGUGAGGGGGAGUUGGAGCAGUUACAGCGGUGGAGGAAUAUGGAGGCUAUUUUGUUGGGGGUUGUUUCUCGUUUGGAUGAUAUGGUUGCUGUGUUCCGGGACUUUUAAGAGAAGGUGAAAAGAAUUUUCUUUUCUUUUGCAUUCAUGAGCGAUGAGAUUUAUUAGGUGUGUCCCCAAGGGUUGGGAUACUUGAGUAUUCUAGCACCAUCUUUAUAAUCGAGGGUGUUAUCUUGUGCCAUA